CGCGGGAGGGGGCGUGGCUCGCGCGCCGUGACUCCGCCCCGUCGCAGACGUCACAUCCUGCGCGCACGUGACGCCACCGCUGUGCGCCGCGGGAGGAGCGCGCGGGACGGCGCCGCCAUGAGCAGUGACCUGGACGUGUUCGUGGGGAACACGACGCUGAUCGACGAGGAGGUGUACAGGCUGUGGCUGGAUGGACACUCGGUGGCCGAGGCCGUGGCCCGGCGGCUCCGCGUGGGGGUCCUGGAGCGCGAGGGCACCUCGGUGGCCGUGCUGCAGAGCGACACCCGCGACCACUACAGAACGUUCCAGAUGCUGGAGCGGCUCCUGCACGCGCCCCCCCGGCUGCUGCAGCAGCUGCUGUUCCAGAUCCCGCCCGAGAGACAGGCCCUGCUGGUGCAGAGGUACUACGCCUUCGACGAGGCGCUGGCCCGGGAGCUGCUGGGCAAGAAACUCUCCAAGGGCACCAAGAAGGAGCUGGACGAGGUCAGCGCCCGCACGGUGGGGAUCCGCAGCUGCCGCCGCCAGUUUGACAACUUCAAGAGGGUGUUCAAGGCGGUCGAGGAGCUGCGGGGGCCCCUGGCCGAGAACAUCCAGCAGCUCUUCCUGCUGCCCCCCGCCCUGGCCCGGGACUACGCCGCCAUCGUGUUCUUCGCCAACAGCCGCUUCGAGACGGGCAAGAGGCGCCUGCAGUUCCUGAGCUUCGGGGACUUCGCAGCCUGCGCCCAGAGCAUGAUGGCCCACUGGAGCCAGGGGGCCCUGGCCCCCGAGGCGGCCGAGCCCGACGGGGACCUGCCCAAGUCGUUCCUGCAGGACCUGAAGGAGCUGAAGGUGCUGGUGAGCGACAAGGACCUGCUGGACCAGCACAAGAGCCUGGUGUGCGCAGCCCUGCGGGGGAAGAUCUCGGUCUACAAUGAGCUCGAGGCCAAUUUCAAGGCGCUGUCUCGGGCUCUGGUGAACGUGGGCGGGAAGCUGACCCACGCCCGCGACGUGCGGGAUUUCUUCGUGGACCUGGUGGAGAAGGUGAUCGAGCCGUGCCGCUCUGACAAGUGGAGCCCGGGGGACCUGAGGCUCUUCCUGACGCACUACACGGCAGCACCCCGAAACCUGCCGGGGUUCAGGCACCAGGCGCUGUGGGAGCGUUACAUGGCCGCCAUCAGCGCCUGCCUGCUGCGCAUGUACCACGAGUGAGCCCAGACUGCGCCCCAAAAACCGCGCCCCAAAAACCCCGCCCCAAAAACGGACAUGGCCCCAAAAACAGCGCCCCAAAAACGGACAUGGCCCCAGAACCGCACCCCAAAAACGGACAUGGCCCCAAAAACAGCGCCCCAAAAACGGACAUGGCCCCAAAAACAGCGCCCCGAGGAUGCGGCACCCCUGGGAAAUCAAAGGAUCCGGAACCUGCAGUGACCUGAAAUGAGAAUAAUUUGGGAUACCCCAAAAGUUUGGGAUACCCCGGAAGUUGGAGAUACCCCAAAACUUGGGCAGCCUCCAAAUACAAGACCCCCCGAAGGAGACGAUACCCGAAAACCCAACGGGCCAAGGAUGGAGCAUCAGCACCCCAAAAUUUGGGUGUUUGGGGAACCCCCCAGGAAGGGACCCCGAGCACCAGGACACCCCAAACCUGAGACACCCCAAAUCCGGAGGAGCAGCAGCGCUGCAAAAAUCGGGACGUUGGGAAUGGGGGACCCCAAAAAGGGGGGGAUGCCCAAACCGGGACACCCCAAACCCGGGGGGCCCCUCCCGUGUGACCCCAAAAUUGGGGUGGGGGUGCAAUAAAGAGCCGG